AUGUUAUUCCAGAAUAUAAUAAAUGUUUGGUUAAUAACCUGUGUAACUGUUAUUUCUGCAACUAAAUAUAUUAAAUCAACUUCAUUAUUAACAUGCAUGGAUAAUUCACAAUUUACAGCUUCAUAUUUCGAUAUAAUAUUUUAUCCUGAUAAUUCAACUGUUUAUUUUAAUGUUAAUGCUUUAUCUUCAAUUGAUACUAAAAAUGUUACUGCAAAUAUUAAUUUAAUUACUUAUGGUUUAAAUGUUUUACAAAGAAAUAUAUCAUUAUGUGAUUUAGAUUAUAUAAAUGAAGCAAAUCAAAAUAAUAAUCCAUUAUGUCCAUUAACUUCGGGUCAUUUAGAUUUAAAUUCUCAUUAUCAAUUAGGUGAAAGUGUUACUUCCGAAGUACCAGGUGUAGCUUAUACAAUUCCCGAUUUAGAUGCUAGAGUUAGAGUUGUUAUUUAUGAAUCUGGUACUACUAAUCAAUUAGCUUGUGUUGAAGCUACUUUAUCAAAUGGUAAAACUGUUCAAACUAAAUAUGCCGCAUGGCCAAUUGCUGCUGUUUCAGGUUUGGGUGUUAUUACUUCUGGUGUUAUUUCAGUUAUUGGUCAUUCAAACACUGCUGCUCAUAUUGCUUCUAAUUCAAUGUCUUUAUUUAUUUAUUUUCAAAGUUUAUCAAUUACUGCAAUGAUGGCUGUUGCAAGAGUUCCACCAAUUGCUGCUGCUUGGGCUCAAAAUUUCAUGUGGUCUUUAGGUAUUGUUAGAGUUGGAUUUAUUCAAGAUAUUUCAAAUUGGUAUGUUCAAGCAACUGGUGGUACUCCAACAGAUGUUGUUAAAUCUGAUUAUUUAUCAAUUUCUGUUCAAAAGGCAAGAAAAUUUGCUAAAAGAUUUGUUCAAGAAUAUACAUCUGAAUUUACAACAACUUUAAUGAAAAGAGCUAAUAUUAUGUUAGAUUCUGAUACUUUUGGAUCUGCUGAUAAUUUAGAUAGUUCAUUAUAUUCAACUGAUGAAAAAGCUACUGAUAAUGCUGGUAAAAUUUUGGUUUUAAGAGGUAUUCAAAGAGUUGCAUAUUUAGCAAGUAUUGAGAUUACUGAUAUUUUCAUGACUGGUAUUAUGUUUUUAUUAUUUUUCAUGUUUGUAAUGCUUGUUUGUUUAAUGUUAUUUAAAGCAAUCAUUGAAAUUUUAGUAAGAUCGAAAAUGAUGAAUGAAGGUAAAUUUAAUGAGUAUCGUCAACAAUGGGGAUUAAUUAUAAAAGGUACUUUAUAUAGAUUAUUGGUUAUUGCAUUACCACAAAUUUCAUUAUUAUGUAUUUGGCAAUUAACAGCAAGAGAUUCAGCAGGUACUAUUGUUGUUGCAGUAUUUUUAUUAGUUAUUUCAUGUUUAUUAUUAUUACAAGCUUCAACUAGAGUUAUUAUGAAAGGUAAAAGAUCAGUUAAACAAUUUAAAAAUCCAGCAUAUUUAUUAUUUGGAGAUGGUAAAUUUUUAAAUAAAUUUGGAUUUUUAUAUGUUCAAUUUAGAGCUGAUAAAUAUUGGUUUAUUUUAGUUUCAUUGAUUUAUAUUUUCAUUAAAUCACUAUUAGUAGCUGUUUUACAAAAGCAUGGUAAACCACAAUCAGUUAUUAUUUGGGUAAUUGAAUUAAUUUAUCUUGUUGUUAUUUGUUGGAUUAGACCAUAUAUGGAUAAAAGAACAAAUGCAUUCAAUAUUACCAUUGGUGUUAUUAAUUUUAUAAAUGCAUUAUUUUUCAUGUUCUUUUCACAAGUUUUUGGUCAACCAACUGUUGUUUCAUCAGUUAUGGCUGUUGUUUAUUUUGUAUUAAAUGCUGUAUUUGCAUUAUUUUUAUUAUUAUUUACAAUUGUAACUUGUGUAUUGGCAUUAGUUUAUAAGAAUCCAGAUACAAGAUAUCAACCAAUGAAAGAUGAUAGAGUUUCAUUCUUACCUAGAUUUGAUCAAAAUAACAAGAAUAUGAAACAAGAUGAUAUGGAAUUAAUGGCUCUUGGUGAAACAGCAAUGAAAGGUCAUGAACAUGGUGGAAAACAAGGUUCAACUAUAUUUGACGAAGAUGAUUCUUAUGAAGAACAAACAUUUACAAGAACAAAUAAAAAUCCAUAUCAAAUAACAAGAGAUUCUUUUGAACAACCAGCAACACAACCAAGUUCAACAAUAGUGGGUAAUUCAUACAAUGCUUCAAGUUCAUUAGGUUCAGCAAAUACAGGUUUUAGUUAUGGUAAAACAGGUGCACAUCAAGGUUCAAAUUCUUCGCCGAAAAAUCCAUAUAACUAUCCUAGACAAUAUUAA